UCGUUCGGAGCAUCGUGCUCUCAACCUGUGGCCUCGAGUGGCUUUUGUUUUUUUAUUUUAUUGCCGAAUGUAAUACAGAAUAUCAGCGACAUUUCAACCACAAUGGUUUUAUCAAAAGUCACUUACAAUAUUGGAGUUGAUCAACUACUGUUGGAUUAUGAUUAAAUUUACUAUAACAGUGUAAAAUCUGCAUAAAGUCCAAACGAACAUUUACGAACAGUGUCAUAUACAUCAACAAACAUAUUGUAUGACAAUGCAAUAGUUACAAAUAUUUGCUCACGUCAUUGUGAUGGGCCAGAAUUUUGCAUUGUUUCGUCAUACGUGUAUAUAAAUGUUGCGUUCUUUUGCUAAAGUCAUCUUCGCUACGAGCGCUUUGUUUUUUGAUACGGGAUCACCAGAUGAGCAGUACAUGUAUGACUUGGUAGUCUUGGGAGGUGGUUCAGGAGGUCUGGCUGCUGCUAAGCAAGCAUCAGAAUUGGGAGCCAAAGUAGCUGUAUUCGACUACGUGACUCCAUCUCCUCAAGGAACAAAAUGGGGUUUGGGUGGUACUUGUGUCAAUGUUGGUUGCAUACCCAAAAAAUUGAUGCACCAAGCUGCUUUGUUAGGAGAAGCUGUUCAUGAAGCAGCUGCUUUUGGAUGGCAAAUUCCUCAGAUCAAGUCAGUUCAUAUUGAUUGGGAAGCCUUGACAACUGCUGUACAAAAUCAUGUUAAAUCUGUUAACUGGGUUACAAGGGUUGAGCUUCGAACUAAGAAUGUUGAAUACAUUAAUGCACUUGGAAACUUUAAAGAUCCACACACUAUUGGUGGCCUUAUGAAAAAUGGAGAAGAAAAAAUUGUGACAGCUAAGAACAUUAUAAUUGCUGUUGGUGGAAGGCCUAAUUAUCCAGAUAUUCCUGGUGCAAUUGAAUAUGGAAUCACUAGUGAUGAUAUUUUCAGCUUGUCUAAGCCACCAGGCAAAACUCUAGUUGUUGGUGCUGGAUAUAUUGGUCUCGAAUGCGCAGGAUUCUUAAAUGGACUUGGCUAUGAUGCAACAGUCAUGAUUCGAUCAAUAGUUCUCAGAGGAUUUGAUCAACAGAUGGCAAACACUAUCGCUGAAGAGAUGGAACACCGCGGUGUUCAUUUCAUUUGGCAAGCUAAGCCUAAAGCUUUAGUGAAACAAGCUGAUGGCCGUCUUCUCGUACAAUGGGUAGAUAAGGACGGUCAAGAACACAAGGACAUCUACGACACAGUAUUGUUCGCUAUUGGGCGUAAAGCUUUGACGUCAGAUUUGAAAUUGGAAAACGCUGGUGUUAAAGUUGUUGAUGACAGUGCUAAAAUUGAUGCACAAAACGAACAAACAAAUGUGUCUCACAUUUAUGCCGUAGGAGAUGUUUUACACAAAAAACCCGAGCUAACUCCAGUAGCCAUCCACGCCGGUAAACUGCUGGCUAAGAGAUUGUUCGGAAAUUCGACGGAACUGAUGGAUUACACAAAUGUAGCAACAACUGUGUUCAGUCCUUUGGAAUAUGGUUGCGUAGGUCUUAGUGAAGAGCAGGCUGUUUCUAUUCAUGGAGAAAAUGAAAUCGAAAUUUAUCACGCAUAUUACAAACCUACAGAGUUCUUUGUACCUCAAAAGUCCAAUGAUCGUUGCUACUUAAAAGUUGUUGCUUUGCGCCACAAAGAUCAAAAAGUUCUUGGCAUGCAUUUCAUCGGACCUAGCGCGGGAGAAGUUAUUCAAGGAUUUGCUGCAGCUAUGAAAGCUAACUUGACAUUCCCACAGCUGAAAUCUACUGUCGGUAUUCAUCCAACAACCGCUGAAGAAUUUACUCGCGUAUAUGUAACAAAGAGAUCAGGAUUGGAUCCCAAACCACAAAGCUGCUGUAGUUAAAAAGAUGAUAAUUUUUCACAGUGCUUACAAUUGAAAGUACUGCUAUGCUUUACUUAGGGAUUACAAAAUAACGCAAACAUUCUGACUAGUAGUUCCAACUUGCUUUCAGCUAGAAAGCGGUUAACUAUUACCUAAUUUGAGGAUUUCAAUUGAACAACGAUUGUUUUGUAAUAAAUGUACAAACAAAAAAAAAGAAAAAUGUAAUCACUAAGAGCUGUUUUAAGUGUUAUACUUUGUACAGUAUUUAUACUAACAAAUAGUCAUGAAUUGACGAAUGAUUCAAAAAAGGCGUUUAAUAUCACAUUUGAAAUUUUUUAUACCGUUUUAAUUGCAAAUCAUACCUUGAAAGAACGUCCAUGUUUCUUAGGUAGCUGUUAUUUUUAAUUGGAAAUAAAAUAUUGGCACACAAUGAAUGAGGUGUCUUUAUUUAAUCUUAUCUA